AUGUUAACUAUUAUAAAAGAUUCGCUUUUCUGUCAACAGAAAGUGGGAAGUGAAAGAGUGUCGAUAAUGUUCAUUGCAAUGUUGGUAGUGAUGGUAAUGGGGGAUAUUGUGGUUCAGACACAAGAAAAAACACAAUCAAUUAAAUUUUCGGAAUUUGUUUUCCAGGUUGUGUUAAGGGUUGUGCCACUGAGAAGUUUCCAAAAUUGCUUUUGUGUCCAGUCACUUGUCUUGCUGCUUGUCUUCUUCUUUUUUUUUUUUUUUGUUCAAAACUGCUUGUCUUCUUCCUCCAUUGAUUUUGAUUGCAAGCUUGGUUGUGCUACUCAUCAUUGUAUUUCUCUUUCAUCUCUUAGAAAUCCGAAUGCAGAGAAGAUUGUGGACUGUGUGGAUUCAUGCUCAGACAAAUGCUCCAACAAAAACUAAAAGCAAUAAUAGUUAUUCUUGUCAAGAUAAAAAAAAUCAAUGCUUAAAUAUCAAAAGAGAUGAACUAGUAUAUUAAUAUAGUUUGUAUCACUACAAUAUGCAAUUCAAAUAAAUAUCUAUUUCAUGAUUGAAUUAUUUGUGUUACAAGCAAAUCAAUAGAUGAAACUGUCGACCCAAGAAAAUCAAAAUGAUAAAAGGAGAAGUUGUUUAAUAGUAUUGUGAGGAUCUUAUAUCAUUGUAAUAUAUCAUGCAUAACAAGUCUGCUUCAUUCCCUACACCAUCGUAAGGAAUAGAACAAUCUCGACAAGAUAACAAUACUAUCAUGACACGUUCACACCGCUACCAGUUUCUCUAUAAUUUACCUUAAAUUCUUAACAAAAAAAAAUUCUUAACAAAUAUUAUUUGCAUAAAGCACAAACUCAUUGGGUUUAGGAGCCAGUCUGAGUAUAGAUGGCACAAUUAUAAGUUAGUUGGCUCUUAUGUCUUUCUCUUUCCAUUUCCCUGCAAGUUCUAUUGCAACAUCAAACAGUUUUUCUUUUGACGAGUCUUUGAUCGUGUCGAUAAGUAGGAAACUAAUCUCUAGGUUAUCUUUUUUUCUCCCAUUCUUCUAAGCUCCCUCAUGGCAUGAA